AUGCGUCUCUCAGCCCUCGUCCUUUCCCUCGCUGCCGCGACAGCCGUGUCCGCCCGCUCGGCAGGCGACUUCAUCAAGGUCGGCGGCUCCCAGGUCUCCAUCAACGAGGACCUGAGCGUGCCGGGCAAGAACCCGCUCUCCUUCUGCUCGGCGCCGACGGACGACAUCCUGAAGAUUGACCACGUGGAUCUGGACCCGAACCCGCCCGAGGCCGGCAAAACCCUCAACAUCUCCGCCAGCGGCACCCUGCGCGAAAAAGUCGAAGAAGGCGCUACGAUCCACCUGCAGGUCAAGUACGGUCUCAUCACGCUGAUCAACCAGCAAACCCCGCUCUGCGACCAAGUCAAGAACGUCGACCUCGAGUGCCCGCUCGAGAAGGGCGACAUGAAGCUGAGCAAGAGCGUCGACCUGCCGCGCGAGAUCCCGCCGGGGAAGUACACCGUUUUGGCCGACGUGGAGGAUAAGGCGGGGAAGAGGAUCACGUGUUUGACGGCGUCGAUUACGUUUGGGAGACAUUAG